GGGGCUUCUGGGAAACGUAGUUCCUCGGUAAAAAGUCAGUGUUUCGUCAUCAUCGGGUCAAGUCGCUAGCUGCUAACAGCUAACAACACAUCGCAUCAGAGUCUGGUUUCAGGAGCAGCUGCUGGGUUUCAAACACUUGAACAGAAUCUUCUCUCCACAGUGACACUGACCCACAGUCAACUGAAGACAGGUGGACAGGAAGCCGGUGCUUGUCGUUGCAGGGAUGGAGGGGGAGAGGAGCGGAGAGGACGUCGUGUCAGACUACCUGGGUCAGAACCCAGAGCUGGCCCAGUGGGUCGAAACCCUCAGGACUUACUGUGAGAGCAACAAGCAGUGGGUCGCUCGGAGGGAAUUCAUCCUGAGAAACAUGGAGGCCUUCCCCACAGUGGAGCUGGGGGUCCCCAGCAGCAGUCUGGACAGGCUGCUCUCUCUGUCCAUGGUCUGGGCCAAUCACGUUUUCCUCGGCUGCAGUUAUCCGCUGGCCGUGAUGGACAAGAUCAAGGAGAUGGGUGAAGGGAUUGUUGUCGAAGAUCCUCCAGUUCACAGGACGACAAAAGAUGAAUCCAUGGCCAAAGGAAAGAGAAGCACCACAAGUGAGAGCGACGCUGACGGCUGCGUGAAAAGAGCCAAAUGUGGGACUAAUGAGCUCGACAGUCGAAUUGCAGGGAGGACGAGCUCAGCGUGGCCGGUGAGUCAGAAAGCAGGACCUGCUCCACAUGCUCCAGCCGAGCACCAGCCCUUCUUCAACCGCCUCUACAAGGCCGUGGCAUGGAAGUUGGUAUCGGCGGGAGGAUUCGGUCCCAACCUGGACCAUUUUGAAAUCCUUCGAAGCUGUGUGGAGUCAUGUAAACAGACCCUGACAUGCGUGUUUGUGCCAUUGAAGGACAUCGAAGGCCUCCCUGCAGGUCGCACACAGAAGGAAGGCCACGUGUGUGAAAUUCGCUCUCAGUCUGUCUACAUGGGCACAGGAUAUGGGCGGGAUGAGGCCGCUGCCAAGGCCAUGGCUUCCAAAGAAGCUCUUAAAGUCUUUCAGGGACGAAAAGUGACAGUAAAAAUCUGCAGACGGAGGUACAAGGGGAAAGAUGUGGAGGAUUUGAUGUUGUUUGACGAACAGUCUCGGAGUCAGGGCUUUCCUCCUGCUCUAAGCUACCCGUUUCAGGACGAGCCGCUGGACGACGCUUCUUCAUAGAGAGAGAGAGAGAGACAGAUGUCUGCUGUGAUCCCAGGUGGAGAAUCAACAAGUGGCAUUUAUUUACUGAAGCUACUGAAGGAAUCCACGACUGUGUCGGGACCAGACUGUUACAGAGAGAGUCUUAAAGUAACAGAGCAUUAACGAUCACACUUUACUGUCGUAUCAAUACUCAGAUUCUUUGACAAACCCCAAUAAAACUUUUAAAUCUGCAAAGAAAACAACAAUCUUACACUGAACUAACUUCAUUUCAUCCUAUUUCAGUUUGGUGACGUUUUCCUGACAUCAAGCUGUGUAACAAAGUGUGUGCCAUCAUUGAAUAGUCAAAGUUUCUGCUGUAGAAUAAAGGCAGCUUGAAAUUCCAGCUCCAUACGACAGGAGAACAUGUUGAAUUACAUUGAUAUGAUUUCUGUUCUACUGCUUCUAGAAUGACAGAAACUGUGUUGGCCAGUACCUCGAAUAAGAAGUAGCACGUGUACUGUAUGUAUAUAUACAUCUAUAUUUUCCCUUUGUUCAUUGCAGUUCUUAUUGGUUUUGUUCUGAGGUCUUUUUUCUUAUCUCCAAACUGUUUGAUAAGUUUGUUCAGAUUUCCUCCGUUCACUCACAGAGGAACCAAAAGUUAACAAAUAACUUUAUCUUUUACAGUUUUGACUUUAGAGUUCGUACCAGCAGAGAGGAAUAACAAACCAACUUCAUUUUAAUAUUUUACUUUCUUAGACUGAAAGUUGGAUGUUGGAUAUCAUUAUGUUUGUAAUUGUUCCCAUUAACCCUUGAAUUUUAGGGUUGUCUCUUGAAACAGGUUGAAGUUGCAUUUUAACUCUUCAUGACUUGCACUUUAUUUUCUUUAGAGCAGAACUGGACUGUGAGGAUAAGGAUCAGAAGUUGAAAUAAAGGUGGUUGGUGUAAUUAGUUCUUGAUUUCAAGGAGUUGAGAUUUAAUCAGCUUGUUAAAAACAUUUCCACACAGUUUCUGUCACGCUACACAUUCUUUAAGAUUAGUUUCUGCUGUCAUGUUCUCUAAAACUUGGUUAACUACAGGUCCCAUCAUACGUGUGCUUUUAUUUAAACUCAUCUAUGAUUUGUAAAAGAAAACCCAGACUAGGUUGAAGAUAAUGUGGUUUGUUUGGAACAUCACAGUGGAAUCCAGCGUGGACGGUCGUGAUGCGUGUGGAGAUAAAGUGCUGCUGUGAUUAGUUUUUCUUUAUUUCCUGUCCUGGUUUUAUUGAAGUGUGAAGUAUCGACACUGUUUCUGUACGUUUACACCAGUGCUCCUGUUUCUAUAUGUUUUUUAAAUAAACAUAAUUUAAGCAAA